AUGCAAAUUCAAGAUGAUGGGGGAUUCUUAAGCUUGAUGCGCGAAUACUUCGCCUCGCUUGAGCUACUUCUCAUCUCGUUCCGGGAGUUCACUGUGAUUUCUGAUGAGACCAUUCUCUCCGAACGUAGAAAGCACAGAAACAAAAUCGUCAACAGCAUUGAGUCCUUCUCUAAGCGCUCGGCAAUCAGAAACUUGAAGACGCUCGAAAGAUUUACCAAAGAGCAGGCUGGGUUCAUAUACGAUGCUUUGUACAAGGCCAUGUGUGAAGUUCCACCACCACCAGCUGUUGCUCCACCGCCAUCGCUCUUGGCCACAAAUGAUGGGCACCAAGAACGAGUGGAGACUAGGAUUGGUAUACCGACUUUUGGGGAAAGCGCUCAACGAUUCCCCAGACCAGGAUGA